UGUUUUUCCAAUAACUCUGUAACGUACCAACCAGAAGGAGAGUGACGACCUUGGAUACCUAUGGUGACAUGCCGCGGGCUAGCGCACGGACCCGAUCUGAUAAAAACGACCUCGGCUCUUUUUCCAACUCAAUUGAAGCUCUUAGCUUAGAGAACAUCCACAGCUCAUCAUCAAUAACCGGGUCCAUCAACGCUUAUCAUCAAACUCCUAAGUCGCUCAUUUCAACGAGGCGCCCGUAUAGAGACUGGGACGCUCACCAGACUGUCUCACAUGCUCACGGCAAAAGUCUAAAGAUAUAGAAAAGACCAUCAAGUCUAAAACCCGAAAGGAGGAAAAAAGGAAAACGGCAACAAUGAAGUCGGCAAACCCAGACGUCCAGCAUUUCCUGGCCAUCCCCUGGUGCGCGGCACACCUCAAUGAACCAGACACGGUCCGCGACACGGCGCCCUCGCGGUUUCCCAAGCAAAACACAGAGGACCAGCUGUUCUCCACGACACUCAACACGGCGGAUACGAUUGCCGCGUUUCUGACAUUAUACAAGCGGCCGUCGUCAUCGCCGCCGCCAGCAUCAUCCUCAGAUCCCACCACAUCCCCAAGCACCACCUCAACCACACCCAACGACGACGCCAGCAACGACGCAGCAGACUCCAGCCCAACAACCCUCAUUCGCCAACUCAAAGCCCUCCUCACCCUCCGCAGCGGCGUAAACGGGUACCCUUCCGUCUCGCACGGCGGCAUCGUCGCCACGAUUCUGGACGAGACGAUUGGGCUUGUUUUCCCCGUGAACAAGAGUAACGGACUGAUCCCGGACGCGGCGUACAUGACGGCGUAUCUGAAUGUGACGUACGUCAGGCCUGUGAGGACGCCGCAGACGGUGUUGUGCGUUGUGGAGGUUACGAGAGUUGUGGGGAGGAAGUGGUGGAUUGAGGCGAGGAUUGAGGAUGAGAGGAGAGAGGUGUUGGCGAGGGCGGAGAGUUUGUAUGUUAGGUUGGUUGAGAAGUUGUGAAAGGCGGGUGUGUGUUAUAUGAAGUUUGAUUUUGGAAGGGGGUGUUGUUUGCUUUUGGGCGAGGUCGUUGUGGUUGGGAUAGAUGGGGCGUGUAUGCUGCCUCGAUGGAAGUGCGUAGAUGAUUCUACACACCGCGGAACGGAUGAAGCCUUGCUUCGCCUGCACAGAAGAGCUCGAUAGAUUAGAAGCACAGAAUAAACAUUGACACGAUCAAGCGCCA